UGUGCAGAGAGGAACAUAAAGCGGUUCAGGAGAGAAAGACAGUGAGUCUGUAGAUCUGAGCUGUAGUUUCUGACUGAUAUGAAUCUGCAGUAGAUAAAGAUCAGUUCAGUAGGUUUUACCGGCUUAACUAACAGAACAUUUCCCUGGUUCCAGCUGUGACCUGUAGGAGACAUGAGCUCCAAAAUGAGCUCCUCUGGAGAAGAACACACAGAGAGAGACCAGAGUGUGAUUCAGAGAGAGAGAUCAGCCUCACCUGAGCCCAGCUGUGUGUCCAUGAAGAGUGACAAGUCAAUGGAACAUCCAUUACGCUUCAGAGAGGGAAAGAGUUCUCCUGCUGUGAGAAAGAGAAAGAGAUCAGACUCACCUGAGCCCAGCUGUGUGUCCAUGAAGAGUGACAAGUCAAUGGAACAUCCAGUACGCUUCAGAGAGGGAGACAGUUGUCCUGCUGUGAGUAUCCAAAAGGACAAAAUGACUAACAUAAAUGAUCUGGAGUCUAUAUUUAAGGAUCUGGAGAACAAAGUGAUCUCUCUGGUGAAGAAAGAGCUGAAGAGGUUCAAGAAACUGCUGAGUGCAGUUUACCCAGCAUGCUCUGAGAGAGAGGUGGAGGAUGAGGAGGAUCAGAGCAGUUCCAGAGAGGGGGUGCUGAAGAUCACACUGAACAUGCUGAGGAACAUGGAGCAGACAGACCUCGCUAACACACUACAGAGCAAGUUGGUCUUUAUGUAUCAUGAAGAACUAAAAUCCAAACUCAUGGAGAAAUGUAACAAAAUGAAUGAAGGAAUUUCACAGCAUGGAGCACUAAUCCUUCUGAAGGAAAUAUACACAGAGCUCUACAUCACAGAGGGAGAGAGUGGAGAGGUUAAUGAUGAACACGAGGUCAGACAGAUUGAGACAGCAUCCAGGAGACCAGCAACAGAGGAGAAAGCCAUCAAAUGCAAUGACCUCUUUAAAGACAAAUCCAUCAGAACUGUGCUGACUAAAGGAGUUGCUGGAAUUGGAAAAACAGUCUCUGUGCAGAAGUUCAUUCUGGACUGGGCUGAAGGAAAAGCAAAUCGGGACGUCCUCUUCAUAUUUCCACUUCCUUUUAGGGAGCUAAACUUGAUGAAGGAGAAGAAGCUCAGUUUGAUGGAACUUCUUUAUCAAUUUUUCCCAGAAAUAAAACAAUUAGAAUCAAUAGACAGUAAUGCCCAUAGAGUCAUGUUCAUCUUUGAUGGUCUGGAUGAGUGUCGACUUCCUCUAGAUUUCCAGAACAAUGAGAGCUUGUGUGAUGUAACAGAUUCAGCCUCAGUGGAUGUGCUACUGACAAACCUCAUCAAGGGGAAUCUGCUUCCCUCUGCUCUCCUCUGGAUAACCACUCGACCUGCAGCAGCCCAUCAGAUCCCUCGUGAGUGUGUUGACCUGGUAACAGAGGUACGAGGGUUUAGUGACCCUCAGAAAGAGGAGUACUUCAGGAAGAGAAUCAGUGACCAGAGCCUGGCCAUUAAAAUCAUCUCACACAUUAAGUCCUCAAGAAGCCUCUACAUCAUGUGCCACAUCCCAGUCUUCUGUUGGAUUGCAGCCUCUGUUCUAGAGAGACUGUUGGGUGAAGCAGAGAGUGGAGAGAUCCCCAAGACUCUGACUCAAAUGUUCAUACACUUCCUGAUCUUUCAGAUCAAACACAAGGACCAAAAGUACCAUGGGAAAUGUGACACUGAUCCUCAGCAGACUAGAGAGAUGAUUCUGGCACUGGGAAAACUGGCUUUCCAACAGCUGGAAAAAGGCAAUCUGAUCUUCUAUGAGGAAGACCUGAGAGAGUGUGGCAUUGAUGUCAGAGAAAUGUCCGUGUACUCAGGAGUUUGUACCCAGAUCUUCAGAGAGGAAUUUUGGAUGUACCUGGGGAAGGUGUUCAGCUUUGUGCACCUGAAUGUUCAGGAGUUUCUGGCUGCUUUAUAUGCAUUUCUCUCCUUCAUUGGGAGAGAUGAAACAAAUCAGCUGACCACUUAUCUCUCUAGUAUUUUCAAAGAGUCCAACUUGUCAGAAUUCCUCAAAUGUGCAGUGGACAAGGCCUUACAAAGUGACAAUGGACACCUGGAUCUUUUCCUCCGCUUCCUUCUGGGCCUCUCACUGGAGUCCAAUCAGACUCUCUUACGAGGCCUAGUGAAACAGACAGGAAGCAGCUCUCACAGCAAAGAGGAAACAGUCCAGUACAUCAAGGAGAAGAUAAGGGAGAAUCCCUCUCCAGAGAAAUCCAUCAAUCUGUUCCACUGUCUGAAUGAACUGAAUGAUCAUUCUCUACUGCAAGAAGUCCAAACAUACCUGAGUAAGAAAGAUUACAGUCGUCUCCGUGGACUCAGUCUGUCUCCUGCCCAGUGGUCAGCUCUGGUGUUUGUGUUGCUGAACUCAGAAGAAAACCUGGACGAUUUUGACUUGCGUAAAUAUGACAGAUCUGAGGAAUGUCUUUUAAGAUUACUGCCAGUCAUUAAAGCAUCCAGAAGAGCUAUAUUGUGUAAUUGUAAUCUCACAGAGAAAAGCUGCACAGUUCUGUCCUCAGCUAUCUCCUCAAAUUCCUGUCUAAGAGAAUUGAACCUCACUAACAAUGACCUGCUGCAGGAUUCAGGGGUGGAGCUGCUCUCUGCUGGAUUGAAGAGUCCUCACUGUAAACUGGAGAGACUGAAGCUGUGUGACUGUAAUCUCACAGAGAAAAGCUGUGCAGCUCUGGCCUCAGCUCUCAGCUCAAAAUAUUCAAGUCUGAGAGAACUGAACCUGAGUUACAAUGAACUGCUGCAGGAUUCAGGAGUGAAGCUGCUCUCUGCUGGACUGGAGAAUCCACACUGUCAGCUAGAGAUAUUGGGGCUGUCUAACUGCAGUAUUGCAGAUGAAGGCUUUGCUGUUCUGGCUUCAGCUCUAAAAUCAAACCCCUCCUCUUGCCUGAGAGAGCUGAACCUGUACAAUAAUAAACCAGGAGAGUCAGGAGUGAAGCUGCUCUCUGAUCUACUGGAGGAUCCACACUGUAAACUGGAGAAACUAUACAUCUGAACACCACCCAGCUGAUCUGCUCUCACACCCAGAGGGCUAUGAGGAGAGGAUGAAGUCUUAGUACAAACACACACACUCAGUAUAUGGUUCUACAUGGUACCGUGUGUGUUUGGAUUCCUGCCUGUCAAAUCUGUGAAUUCGACUGUGAUCAAGUCAUAACAUCACUUUCUGUACAUCAGUGGCUGCAACUCCAGCUAUUCGUCUGUCAAAUAAUUCAUGUUGGUGGAGGAUGACCCCACACCGGGGACAGAAUUAAUAAGUUUGGCUAUUUUAAUGUAUCACUUUCUAUGUGACAGGACUGUGUAUUUUUUCAUAGUACAUUUUUACAUUAUGUGUAUGAUAAUUUACCUUUCACAAUCUUUCAUGACUUUGGCUUGCAAAAUACAUAAAAACAUGGAGAGGCAUCUUUCGGUUAUUAUGCUUCUGAACUGUGGGGCUCAGUUCCACCUUCUAUUAGACAGUCAAGCUCAAUUCAGACAUUUAAGAAACACUUGAAAAAGUAUCUCUUUAAUUCAGUGUUGGAUUUAAAUUCUACGUCUCUUCUGUAUUUCUUUUUAACUUGACCUUUUGUUGUUGUGUCUAUUACUCUAAAACAUUAUUACCUGUCUGUAAACCACUUUGAGCUGCCACCGGUAUGAAAAGUGUUCUAUAAAUAAAGAUAUUAUUAUCACCA